AUGACAAUUUCUCUGGUAUGGAAGAGCUUUGAACUGAUGCUUGAUGCUUCCAGAAUUGUAGAACCAAAUGUUGACAUUGUCAUUAUUCCAGGGAUAUGCAGCAUCUUCAAUAAAAACCGUGGCAAAAAUGGGAAUGAUGAUGGAGUGGGAGGAGCAGGACUUGCCCCGGUAUGCACCAUCAAAGAUCAUACUAAUGAUGUUACCAGUGUGGAUUUUGCUGGCAGGUGUCUACUUGCCACCGGCUCAUCUGACAAGAGUGUUCGAUUGUACAAGUGGCAAGUUGAUGAUUCCUUUGUUGAGGUUGGUUACUCUCCACUUCUUGGGCACACUUAUGGAGUCAACUGUGUGAGUUUCUCUCCGUUUGGAACAAAGUUGGCCUCUGCUUCAACUGAUGGCUCAACAAUUAUCUGGGAUGUGAAGACCGGGGAGCGUCUGUGUUCACUGCAACCAUCAAGUGAAGCAGCAGUGAGAGUGUGUGCCUUUUCUCCAAAUUCAGUGUUGUUAUCAGCAGGGGGAGAUGAUGACAUGGCUGGUAUAUGGGAUGUGUCAACAUUAUCACUACUCAGGAACAAGCAAUCCCCUGAAAAGUGUUUACUGAGACGGAUGUGUGGUGAUGAAUCUACAGUGACCAGCGUGAGCUUCACACCAGACAGUUGUUAUCUGGUAACAGGCACCAGUGGGGGUGAAUUACGAGUGUGGGAUGCUCGCUGGCACUCCGUGCCACUCGCCAUGAAGGCCGAGGCUCAUGAUUUAGGAGUGUCUUCAGUUCACUUUAGUCCAGCAUUUGGGAAAGAAGAACACGGCAUAAUAGGAAAACAGUACCUGUUAGCUUCAGGUGGUCAGGACACAGAGCUGCAACUGUGGGUUGUAGAGAUUGAGAGUCAGGUACUGGGAAGAGACAACAUACCGACUAUAACACCUCAUCAUAGUUUAUGUGGUCACUCUGCACCAAUAAUGUCCGUCAGGUUCAGCGCCAGUGGACUAAUUCUGGCAUCUGCAUCUGGAGACAAGACCAUCAGACUUUGGGAUCCAAUAAAGCUAACAGCUCUUGGUAUAUUAGAAGGCCACAACCGAUAUGUAACCUCAUGUGCCUUUAGUGAUGAUGGAGCCUUGGUAGCUGCAGGGAGUGGUGAUCGUGUUGUGCAUGUAUGGAGAGUUGAUGGUGCUACAGGCUCACUCUCCCAAAUGUCUACACAUGCUGGUGGCCAGAGAAAACUGCUCGUUAGGUUUCCAUCACAGAAAUUUCGAGAGAACAUUAAGCUAGUUGAUUGGAACUGUGAGGAUGUGUGUGGCUGGUUGGUUGAACAAGGGUUAGCAGAAUAUUCUCACAAUUUCCGUACACAUGCCAUUGAUGGCAGAGAAUUGUUAACAAUGACGGAUGAAAUCCUCGAGCAGAAACUUGGUGUUGAUGCUCUAGGGCACCGCAACAAAAUUCUUCGACUGAUUCAUAAAUCUGCACAGGAUUCACAGGCCAAAAAAACAAUUCCAGACGCACCACCUACAGAGUAUCUUUGUCCUAUUACACAGGAGCUAAUAAGUGAUCCUGUUUUAUGUGCUGAUGGAUUCACAUAUGAACGAGUGGCAAUGGAAGCUUGGCUUGCUAGUGGUAAACGUACGAGCCCAAUGACCAAUGAGAAACUCUUGCAUCUUGUUCUCACUCCAAACCGCACACUAAGGACAUUAAUACAGAGAGGAGUCUCCUGCUUAGAAGAAGAUUGGGGCUGUUAUUAGAGGGUGUAGCUGGCAAUCUGCCAGUUUUAUUUUUAAAAGGAAGUGUUUUCUGUGAAAUAACUUGGAGUAUGCCAGUUUUGAAUGCCUUCAGUCUGUAAUGACUGCUGCUGUUAUCUUAUGGACAGGAUGACAUCAGGUAAGCUUAGAUUUUUUAGAUGGAAAUUUACCAAUUUACUAACAGUUUAUUAACUUAGAAUCAUUGCAUUCAAAGGAGUAACUGGAGAAUGCCUCCUAUGAUUGUCUUCUAACUUUGAGCAAAGCUGGUCUUUGCUCCAAGGAAGGCUCACAUUGAUUCUAGGCUGUGCACAUUUUAAUUUGUCACUUUUGUUAAAUAAAAUUUUUUCAUGCAUAACUAGAGAAUACCUUUUUUGAUCAGACUGUUUUGAGCUGUGUAGAUACCAAUUUUCCAAUUUUAUUUAAGAAAUUGUGAAAAUUUAUAUUUUAGUUUUCAUACGAUAAUUUGUGAAUGACUUAAUUGGCUUUUGAAGCGAGGUUUCGGUGCUGAUAUAUCCCAACUAGGGUAAAGCUCUGUACUCAUGGGAUGUAUGCAAAUUCCAGUUUCUGUAAAAGUAAUAUUUUUUUCUUAUAGGGCUGUAGAGAAUUUGAAAUAGAAUAUGUAUAACUGAGAAAGAAAAUUCAUAGUGAAAACUUGCAUUUUUGUGGCAUUUUUAAAUUUCACAAGUUUAGCGAGUUCUUAAAUAUCACUUUUUUUUUUUUUUUUUUUUUUUUUACAAUUUUAUUCAGUAGAGGUCUUGUUUGCCUCUAGGGUUUUCACUUUAACCUUAGAAAGCUUCAUCUGAUCAGCCUUAAAGUUUCAGUGCUGGUCAACUAGAGGAAAGUUCAUGGAACUGGUUGCUUGGGAUAGGACAUGUCAAUUUUGUAGAUAUUCCUGAUUAGCUCAAACUUUCUGUACUGAUUAUGUUACUUAGAAUAAGGAUGGGGUCAUUAUUAGUGUGUAGGUGCUAAUUUGCCAAUGUUAUUCUUUAAAAGUGAUUGGGUAUUUUUUCAGUGAAAAAGGUUGAGUAAGCAUCUUUUGAAUAGCUUCUGUCUUGAAUGGCUCAUGCGCUUCAUGAAAAGGACGAUACCUUUUGGGUUUAGGCUGCAUAGGUGCAAACUUGCCAAUUUACUAACAUAGUAAACAAACUUUUAUUUAUUAGACCCUGCAUGAUAACUGGAAAAUGCAUUGUCUGGUUGACUUCCAACUUAGUGUUGGUUAAUUUUUUGUCUAUGUUUAAAUUUGCCAAUUUCAUUAAACAAAUUGGUUUACAUGCAGUAACUGAAGAAUGCCUUUUGUGAUUGGCUUCAAACCUAAUUUUACAUACAGAGAAGUUUGGAUUAAUUUUGAGCUGGGUUGGUGUCACUUUUUCUGAAUACACUGAGAAAAUUGAAAUGCUGUAUUGGCUUUCAUAGAAUAAUUUAUGACAGCCUUACCUGAGUAGCAUCAAACCUUAAAAAAGGGGCAGCUUCAACUUAAGUGCUGGUGUAUUUUAGGGGUAUUGGUCUCUGUUCUAUAGCUAAAGAAUACUUCAGAUUGAAUUAAAUUGUUUAAACCUCAUGCAUCUUAGUGGAAGGUUUGAAUUUGUUUUGGGCUGUUUGGGUGCUAAUUUGCCAUUUUUAUUUUAGAAAUUGGUAUAUUAGUUUGUAUCUUCUGAUUAUCUUCAUUGUUGAUAUUUAACCAAUAGAAACUUGUGCUUCACUUCAUACUUUUCCUUUUACAGUGGAACCUCAAAUAUAGAACUUUCUUCGGUCCAGAAGGUUGUUCAAGUGUCGCUACCGAACGAAUUUAUUCCCAUCGGGAAUAAUGUAAAUUAGAUUAGUCCAUUUCAGACCCUCAAAAAUACACUUAUAAAAGCACUUACAAAAAUACACUUACAUAAUUGGUUGAGUUGGGAGCAGUUCGAUUUUUGAGGUUCCACUGUACUUGCAUUAGAGUAGAGUGGGCUGGGCUUAUGGAAUAGUAAUACCUUUCUCAAAUUGCAUAGUAACCAAAACACAUCUAGUUUUUAUUCUUCUACAUAAAAAAUCCUGUAGACAUUUUAGCUACAUGGUAGUGUAUAUAUUAAUAUUUUUUAUCCACCCUAUAUCAUGUAUAUCAUAAGACUUGUAAAUAGGGAAUCACAGGACAGUUAUGUGUAGACCUGCUUUGAUAUGCCAUACCUGAUAUUUGCUGAUUACAUAUUAAGUUUUUGAUAAAUGUAGCCUUGUGGCAGGUAAGAGAACUCUUUAAUGUAGACGUUAGCUGUUAUGAUUUAAAAUUUGAAAGUACAGUGUUAAUUUAUUGUUAAAGUAUGUGAUUGGUGGUAAAUAGGUCAUUUAGAUCAGAUAAUCCAAGUUCUAAUAACGAUAAUGUGCCUUAUUGUGAUCAUUUGUAAACCUCAAGUUGUGGAUGUGACCCAGCCUGUAGGUUUAAUUAUUUAAAUGAAAUUCUUCAUAAUAAAGGUUUGGUCCGAGCAAAACCUUUAUGCGGGCAAAAUCUUACCUUAUGAAAGGAGAAUCAAAUAUAAAAUGGUUUUCAGUACCAGCUUAAUUAUUGUGGUGCACUAAGAAUAUCACGAUACUGUUAUGUGUAUUCCCUGAUACUAAGCUGUACAAUUAUGUUAAUUUAUGUAUGUACAAUCUUUUUUUUACCAUAAAUAUGUAAUAAUUGCAAUAUGUUUAACAGUACACAAUAACUGUAUGAUUUAUACCAUUCUCACUGUCAGUAAAGCAAUAUGUAUAUACAGUAAUUAUUUUCAAAGCAUUAUGGUCACUAACAUCAGUCACCCAUAACUGUAAAAUAUUAGCUAAAGAAUACUGCAUAUUGGUUUGCAGUUACUUUGGCAGUUACCUAACUAAUACAGUAGAGAAAUGACUUGCAAUAGGUGCUGAGAUUUGAAAAUGAUUAGUAAGUAUAUGGAAGUAAAAGUAGGCAAUCACGGAAAGGUAUUUAAAAUUAAGCACAGAAGUGGAAAGUGGCAGUCUUUGAAUGUAUGUGAAGAGUUUGUGAUGUUGUCUGUUAUUAUUUGUUGCUAGAGUUAUUGUAGCUAACACAUCAGGGAUAGUUAAGAAAAUCUCUUCUCGGUGCUCUCAUAAUUACCAAGAACAAGCAUUCAAAUUUAGAAAUCACAUAUAGUAAUAAGUACAUUUAUUCCUAUGGAUAUGAAGGGUUUGUGGGGAAGAUUUAUGUUAUGUUGAGCAGUCAGCUGCCAGUCUCAUACUGAAUGAAGACUUAAUUUAAUUUUAAUCAAGGCAAAACUAAACUGCUCAUUAGUAAUUGUAACAUUUGUGAUAAUAACAGGCAAUAUUCUUUGUGGCAUAAAUGUUGAGUAAAGGGGAUUAAUCCACAUUAUUAUAAUCAAAAAGAAGCGCUAAACCACAAGGGCUGGAUUAAUCCACAAUGUAGUGCAUUGUAUAACCUGUAACAAAAAGUAUUUAUAUUUAAAAAGAUAUUUUAUAUCAGCAUUUUAAUUCUAGAUAGGAUUUAUGCACUUUAUUUACUGUAUGUCUUACUAGUUAGUAGAAGAUUUUGGUUAUUGAUAAUCACAUAUCAAUACUGUAUAUUCUAUGCAAUUUAUUUUGUAGCAUUUACAGUGAUUGUAAACUUGAAAAUGAAAACUAUGCUACAGAUUGGUCUAUCAUGCAUCAUUAUGAAAUCACAAGUGAAAAUAAAGAAGGGAAGAAAGCCCGAGUCAUGUCAGGCACCUGGGGUUUGGAGACAACCAAGGUCAGGUCAGAUUACAUUCUGAAGAUUAAAACAAUUUCAGUUUUUUUGCAGUUCUGUCUGUCUUGGUUAUUUGCCUAAUUUUAUAAACUCUGUAUACUGUUACAAUAAAACAACUUUCAUCUCUCCUAACCCUGUGAUGACAGUUCCCUUAUGUAUGUGAUGGGGGUUUAUGAUCUUUGUUGUUGUUGUGGCCCAGUGACCUGCAUUGAUUCUGGAUUUCAUUCCUUUUUUUUUUUUUCUUCUUCUUUCCAUACACUUUCAGAACGGUUCAAGAGGGACUGAAACAUCUUUUGGUUUUUAUUUCUAAUUUACAGGCACAUUGAAAAUUACUCCAAACCCCGUCUAGUACAGUACAGUAGGACCCCAACUUAGGAUGUUAAUGCAUUCCAGAAAUUUCAUUGCAAGUCGAUUGUUUGGUAAUCAAACCCUAUUUUUCCUUAAAUUAUAUAAAAUGAAUUACUGCAUUCCUGAGCCACAAUAUUCCAUACCUAAUUUCAGUUAAUUUUUUCCAAAGAAUUUUUAUCCAAUAUUUUUACAUUCAGUACUAUUAGAGAGUGGGUGGUUGUGAAAGUUGAUGGUGUGGAUGCAGUGGAUAUGAGGGUUGGUGUGGGUGAGAAUGGGUGUGUAGUGUGAGGUGUGUGUUUUCAUUGUAUAAUGAUGUACCUUGGUUCAGCUGGAUACUGAACACUUUCAUGACACAGUUAGCAGUGCAGAGUCAGAGAUCCUUCCUCCCUCCAGGCUUACAGCCAACCCACCCACCCACCUCCCUGACCUCCACCAGUCUUCUCCCCCAAGUCAACCACCGACAUACUGACAAUGUGAAUCUUGAAUCUUUGAUUUUUAACCAAUCUUCAACAAACAAACAAGCACUCUAUAUGCAUAAAAUAAACACAGUUUCCAAAAUGACAUUGGAAGAGCAACUCGCUGUUCACAGGUAAUUAACUGGUUCCAAAAUGCCAAUGUCGUAAGUACAAAACUUUAAGUUGGGGCCCUAAUGUAUUGUAAUUCUUGUCUCUUUAUAAAAUUUAACAGACAAUUGUAAAUUGCAUCAGUUAUAAACAUUAAUAUAUUUUAUAAACCAUAAUAAUUCAGGCUUCUGAAAACGAAUUAUGAAAAAUGGUUGAGAGUCGUAUACUUGAAGUUGUUUGUUGUUAAUGCACUUAAAUUCAGCAUCAGUUGGUUCUGUAUAUCAAUUACAUUUUGUUUCACAGAAGCCGAGACCUGUUACCUCACUGAGUAACACAAAAAUAUGAGACCGUGAUAAAUCUAGUCUGUAAGCAGUAAUAAUUAAGGUCAACCAAGAUUUGCUCAAGCCUCAAAUACUGAAUUCUGUUGUACAUAUUAGGAGGCUUUGCAUCAGUAAGUCUAGUCUAGCUAAGAUUAGCUAGAUAUGUAAUACAUUUUGCACUUUUCAUACACGACAAAUACAGUAUGUUUAUGGUAUUUUAAUAAACAAAUAUUCACCAUAAAAAA